ACGUAGUGCACAGCGACGUGGUUUCUCAGUCGCUGUAAUUUCUCGGCUGAAAAACAAAAGCCUUUGAUUGAAGCCUACAGCUUACCUGCCGCAAAAGAUAAGCAAACACAAACCUCCGCCGGACCAUGAUUGGCCGGGUUCUUUUUAUCCGACAGUGGCGUAAUCCGUCGGAAACCGCUGCCAUGGCGGGAAAGUUCAGCGUGACCUCGCCUCACCCCGGCCGACUAUGCUGCCUGCCAGGGCGGGACAACCGGACAAGAAGAUCGAUCCGUCUGGCUGCUGACUUCUUCCCCGAUACACCUGUCGAGCAGUUGCGUGGCGAUCGUGGCUAAACAAUGGGGUAGAUGGCGGCCCGUGCGGCUGACGUGGAGGCAUGAUUGCUAGGGUUGACCUCGCCGGCGUAAACUGGUGCGGUGCUGGGGUUUGUUUAUGGCGCUGGAGAUGCUGAUCGGGCAACAGUUCAUACCAGAUCGUUGUUUUUUUUCAAGAAGAGGAAGAGAAUGAGCGGAGGUUCGUACCGGAUCGUAUCAUCUGCUGCUAUGAGCCGGCGGUCGGAUUUAUUUGUAGUACUUUGCUUCGAUAGCUGGAUCUCUAGUUGGCUAAGGCUAUUGUAUUGGGUGCUGAUGGGUCUGUCCCAACUAACCAUGGGUACGGCUGGGUCAAGAAGAGCAGAGGUGCGCGGAAACCGCACAAGCUUGCGCUUCCUUCUUCACCUCAAUAUCCGAUUGAUUUUCUACAGCGGUCAAAUGCGUCUCAGUUUUUUUUUCUGUUUCCAAAAAGUCUAUAACAUAUUUGAACGGAAAAUAUUUUUAAAAUUUUAUUUUCAAAUCAUAUUUUUUCUAGCGUUUAUUUUUUAACUCAUAUGAUUCUGAUUUUCUGCGUUUGCUUGGACUGGACGCUAUCCUAUCCCCUUAAUUAAGCCCAAAAAGCCCAAGUGCCGGACGGCCUUCAGCCCGUGGGCCUGCAGCUAUGAAGGAUAUACUACUGUACGUGGCAACGCGUCUAAUCGAUCUCGCUGGACGUUUUAGUCCCAUACUGCUCGUCAACAGAGCAAGACAUACAAGGGGAGGCUAUAUAUGAAGCACCUGGUGCUACCGAGAAAAGCACUUACCUGGACGGGGUCAAUGGGUGAUCAAGAAGACCCAUGGCCUGGAUUAGUGGCCUCCAUUGCACUUGGGAGGAGCAUUGGUCCAUCAUCUCCUUUGAUAGGAAAAUGGACGUCAUAAUUUGUGAUAGAGGGGGUACGCGUCCGCGCGGCCCCUGCCAAUCUAAAUCUAAAAUAUUUCAAGCAUAUGUUUGAAUUUUGUUCAUGUUUGAGAGUGUUUGAUCAUAAUUUGUGAUAGAGAGGGUACGUGUCCGCGCGGCCCUUGCCAAUCUAAAUCUAAAAUAUUUCAAGCAUAAGUUUGAAUUUUGAGAGUGUUUGUUCAUGUUAUUGGUGAAGAAUCUGUUCAGGCUAAGCUGUGUGUGUCCUCUAAGAGUUUUCUUCUCAGAGGCUGUAGACGAUAUUUGUUAACCAGAACGUUCCGGGCGGAUCGAAUUGAACGGCCUGGAAAGUCGUGACAGGACUCAUCAAAAGUCAGGGGCGGAAAUGAUCGGGAGCUCUGUUUUUGGGUGCAUUCUGGGAGUUUCCAGCUGACGCCUGACGGCUUUCAGCGCCUAUAAAGGACGCUGACGCUCGGCGUACCCGCUGCUAACGGCAGCUGCUUGCAAGAGAGCAUUUCGCCCUCGUUCGCAAUCUUCCGCCUUGAGUAGCAUGGCGCCGUCAUACUCGCCGGAGCCGGAGGCGCCGUUCCGGCCGAGGGAGAAGGUGGUGGAGAAGCAGAGGUACUUCCAGAGCGUGCACAGGCCGACGUACCUCAAGGGGCGCUACGACGUGGUCACCUCCGUCGCCAUCCCUCUCGCGCUGGCCGCCUCCAGCAUCUUCCUCGUCGGGCGCGGGAUCUACAACAUGUCCCACGGCAUCGGGAGGAAGGAGUGACCAUUUGGGGUACCGAUUGAAUUGAAGCCAUCUCUUCUGUGUCGUCCCAACACCUAAGAGCCCUUGUACAGUUUGUGUGUGUACGUACC